CACUGCGACUACGUCUACUCGAGGACGCCUACGCCUACGCCUACGCCUACACCUACGCCUACACCUACGCCUACUUCCCAUCUGGCCAGCAGCAAGUCUACCCGCACCAACUGCCCCGUGCCUGCCACCUAUGAGCGAGUGAGGUAAUACCAGGGCCAGUUGUUUCUGCAGCAAGAGCCACCCAAGUACCUAUACCUACCAAGGCUCACAAGUACCUACCUAGUUACCUGCUACCUAUUGCUUACUGCAUAGGUACUCGAGUACAUUUCCCUCGAAUACAUCUGCACCCACCUACCUAGGCACUUACAGUACAUUGUACCUACUUCCACCUCAAUUGAGCUACACUGCACGGUCGCAAACUCCCACUGGUCACUGUCCUGGCAUCUUCCCUGCCCGUUAGCUUCACAAGGCAACAACCUUUUUUUGAGGGUACCAGUACUUGUACAGUACCAACUCCACUCCACUAUUUCUGCGUCCGGUGUUCCUCGAAGCGCUGCGUAGGUGAUGUAACGGUACAACACCAAGCGGAACAGGCCACUCUUGUCCCGAAGCCUCGAGAUACUCACACGCAUACGCACACGCUCUGCAUAAGGUUACUACGGUACUACGGAACUGCACCUGCACCCGCACCAUCAGAAGAGACCGCAUUGUGCGCCUCUGGUAGCCUCUGAUUCUACCGACUCAGUCUCCACUGACUCCCACCAAGUCUCUACAUAUACCCCCUUUCCAACCCCUUCUUUCCACAACCUUUCCGAUUGCCAACUUCUCCCCCGAUAUCUGAACCUCAACCGGGCUGGUCUACAUCGUCGCGUCUCCAGAAGGACUGAGCAUCUUUUUAGAGAUACAAACGCCAGAUCCUUCACCAUGGAGACAACAUUCAUCACCAUCCAUAGUAAGUGAUGAGCCAGCCGGCGGAAAGUGCUACUGGUGGUACAUCAUCUACAACUCAACUAACACCGGUCCAAUAGAUCUUUCUGAGAACGCCAAUAUUUUGUAUGCGUCGGAUUCCAUUGUCGAUAUCUUAGGCUACCUUCCACACGAAGUGGUUGGCAGAUCAUGCUUUGAUUAUUUUGUUGAACACGAAAUUCCUUCUGCUAGGUCUAUCCACAAUAAAAGUGUGGAGCUUGACAAAGCUGCUGUCCUUCAUUAUGCUACUAUCAAAGGCAAGGACGGCCGUCCGGUCUAUUGCGAGUGUGUUUUUACCGUCGUCUACCAAGUACUUGUAGCAUGUACCAGUAUCUACCGAAAUGAUGUAACGAAUGAGCGUAGGUUGACUUCAACAGAUUCCAUGGCCCAAGCUAAAAUCAAUAGGUCGAGCGCUCGAGGCCCCAAAUGUUCAACGCCUCUUUGCCUCACCCCCAAAAGAUCCUCGAUAUCACAUGGCGGAGCAUUUGAGGCCCAAGUUCGAAGAGCCCCCACAAGAGUCUCUGUUGGAGCCACGAGCUGCUUUGAUCCUCAAUCGUUUUACACGAACCUUGAGUAUCAUGUAUGCAACCAGUGCAGUUGAAAGUAUCCUGGGGCUGACAGUGGAUGAACUGCAAGACAGAAGUUUCUAUGCAUGCAUUCAAGAGAACUGUCUCCCCGAGGCUCUCAGAUGCUUGGAAAGUGCAAAGUCCAACGACUCAAUUGCCUAUCUCCGCUUCUGGUAUAGAGAUCCACGUACCGAUGACGAGGACUUGGAAGAAGGUAUGCGCGAAGCAAGUGCUAGCAGUGAUUCCGAUGAUGGCGGAGUUGACCUACGUGAGAAUAUGGAUGUUGAUACCGAUGGUACGGGAGAGAGUAGUGAAGCUCAACGGGGAAGUACGGCGUCAGGCGAAAGACGACUUGGUGGACAUCUCGCUAGGGAGAGAUUGAUGAACAAUUCACGAACUUCUUCCGGCGAAAGCAGCACUGAUCUAGAUCGUAGCUCAUCUGGGGCCGUCUUUGACCGCGCGGGAGCAGCGUCGUCUUCUUCGACUUCUUCUAUCGGCACGUCUCAUGCAGGCAGUGGCCCUUCACCACACACACAACGUCCUAGACCUGGCCCCCCGCCAUUCGAGAUUGAAGCUGUCAUUUCAUGCACCUCGGACGGCUUAGUUGUGGUAUUGAGACGAGCUCGUGUACCCAUUCCGCCUCAAUCGUCUGGAGGUGUCUGCGCGGCUCCCUGGGGUGUCGACGCAAUCCGGCCUCAUGCACCUCCUUCUGGUCCACCAAUGGAAGAUUUCAUGGCUGCCAUUCAAGAAAUCGCGGUAUUUGCAUGGGCUUUAACUGGCAUCAAUGGUAACAUUGCAGCCUACGGAAGAGGAAAUCCACGUGGAGAAGCUCAACCUCCCGGUGGACUACCGAUUUGGGACCCAUACGCUGAACCAACCCCAGACUAUCAGCCACCAGAAAAUCAAGCUCAACGAAGAUGGGUCGAGCAUGAUCGCAACAAUGCCCCCAUUGACGAAAGCAAAACUCCAUAUCAACACAUUCGCCAGGACCAAACUUAUGGCAGAAUGACGUAUGAACCAAGAGUACAGCCUCGCCACCAUCGUCACCGCCGUCCAAAUGAAAACAAUGCCUACCAGCGAUCACCACAUAGUGGCGGUAUGCAAGGAGGUAGCCAUGGUCAGACUGGAGGAAACCAUUAUAACCCACCAGCACCCGAUGGUUCUGGAGGAAGAAAUGCAGGAAACAGAAAUAACUGGUACUAAGUAGCGUACCUUGUCAUACUUGAUGGGUAGCUGAGAAUGAUCUUGGGCAAUUUGGCGCAGAGGCAGCGCGAGGUGAAAUGACUGAGCUUUAUGAGCCAUGAACGAUGAAUAACCAAAUUCCAUUGAAACAAUUCAAUAGUAUAGCUCUCGCAAUAGCAGGCUAUUGAUCAAUACGAAACAUUUCAAAUCUCC